AUGUGUAGAUUGGCGUACUUUAACGAUAUUGUUGUCGGCGCAGUGUGCUAUCGUAUAGAUAGCAUCAGUGCAACCACCGGCACAGACACUGGCAAGGCUGCCAAAAUGGAAGGAACUAGCUCAGGACAAAAGAAACUAUACAUAAUGACCCUUGGAUGUUUAGCUCCUUACAGAAGACUCGGAAUUGGCAGCAUGCUCCUGCGACAUGUAUCCAAAUUUUGUCACAAACAUGGCCAUCUUGAGAGUAUAUUUUUGCACGUUCAGGUCAGCAAUACCGAUGCCGUUGAGUUCUACAAAAAGUUUGGAUUUAGCAUAUCAGGGGAAAUUAAGGGCUAUUAUAGACGAAUAACUCCUCAAGGCGCUUAUAUCCUUGAAAAACGCUUGCCAGAUUCCGAUGUCCAUGAUUAUUCUUCCGAUUCUGAAUAA